AUGACUGAAGCUAAGGAAGUAGUUGCUGAGUCUAAUGGAGAGAAUAACAAGCAGGAAGAGUCUUCUGAAGAACAGAAUGAGUUGGAAACUGCGAUUAUUCGUCAGGUUGAAUAUUAUUUCGGAGAUUUGAACCUUCCUCGCGACAAAUUCCUCAGAGAACAAGUCCAGAUUGACGAUGGAUGGGUACCAUUAGACAUCCUCACCAGAUUCAACCGACUUGCCAAAUUGACUAAGGAUACCGAAAUCAUUGCCAAAGCCUUGCUGAAGUCUACCAAUGGAUUACUUGAGGUCUCUGAGGACAAAAAGAAGGUCAGACGUAGCCCUGAAGUACCAAUCCCGGAGAUGAACGAGGAACGCAGGAAGGAGUUAAGUAGCAGGACUAUUUACGCUAAGGGGUUCCCGAAAGAGUCGACUCUAGAUGACUUGUUGAAGCACUUCAGGCAGUAUGAACAAGUUGAGAAUAUUAUCAUGAGGAAAUACCAGGAAAGGUCGACUAAAAAGAGGUUGUUUAAGGGAUCCAUAUUCCUUACAUUCAAGACUAGGGAGCAGGCUGAGAAAUUCAUGGAGUCUAAACCUCAUGAGUACCAGGGCACAGAACUGCUUAUCCACUGGCAAGAAGAUUACAUAGCACAGAAACAAGAAGAAUAUGCCAACAAGAAGGAACAGAAAGAUAACAAAAAGAAUAAGGAUAAGGAACACCAUAAUGUUGAAAAAGAAGAAUUGAAGCUACCAACAGGAACAGUAUUAUACUUCAGUGGUGGCACAGACCAGAUGAAGCGGGAGGACAUCAAAGAAGCACUCUCUACUCUUGGAGCAGACAUAGCAUACAUUGACUUCAAAGUUGGUGACAAAGAGGGUUGGGUGCGCCUUACAAAAGAAAACACUGCAAAGGUUGUUGCUGAAAAAAUGACUGAAAAUAAGAUGAAGAUUGCUGAAGCCGAUGUUGAAUUCAAAGUGCUCGAAGGUGAAGAAGAAUCAACAUAUUUACAGAAAACAGUAGAAGAAAUGGCUAAGAGACGAAAAAAUAUGAAAAACUUCAAGAGCAAUAAGGGCAGAAAGGGUGGAAACAAAUACCACGGCAAGAAAAGGCGAAAUGACAACGAUGAUGGCCCCCCUAGAAAAGUUAAAGCAAAUGAGAGUUAG